GAAUAACUUCAAAAAUGGAUUUCAGUUGGCUUCCUUUGAUGUAAAUGCUGGAAAGUUUUUGUGUUUUCUUUGAGUUUUUCCGCAUUUUCCGUAAUUUAUUUUGUGCAAAAUUGUUUGUGAAAUCCGUGUAUUUCCUGUGGCAGUGUGAAAAUGGAGAUGGCAAUGUGGAAGAAGCUUAUGCUGACUUGGGUUAAUGCGUCAGGAUUGCUGGAGAAGCCAGCAAAAUUUCUUGAUCAAACUGACCUGCCGGGCUUCUAUGCGGAAUACCGGAAGCUCAUGGUGCGGGUUUCGAUUCAGGAGACUGACAUCCGGGACUUUCUGAGGGUGCACUAUCCGAGCUUCCGUACGCAUCUGCACACCCUCGAUGACAAUGAGAUCUGUACAACAGAUUACGUUUACAUAUACUGCCUCCUCCUGCACUUCUCAUGCGUUGUGUGCAAAGAGGAAAUUUUUCAGAGUAUCUGCAUGAAGAUGAGCUCCACACAGCAGGAAUUCAUUGCUCUUCUCUUUAGUCGUCUCGUUCAGAGCCCAAUUACGCGGGAAAUGCUCAAAAUUGCCCUCAAGGAGACAGCUGCUCCGUCGGCAAUUGAAUUCAUGCAGCUGGAGUCCCCCAUUAGAACACCCCGGAAGCCCUCUCCAGCCACCCCAGCCACGAAGCUCCUCGACGAGAGAUCACGUGAGCUAAUCUCACUGAAGGCACUCCUCGAGACGGAACGCUACGAGAGGAACUUCCUCGAGGUUCAAAUGAAGGAGAUUGAAGAGAAGCUCAAUCGAGCUAAUCAGCAGCAGAAGAAUCACAUAUUGGAGAUAAAGCAGCUCAAAGAGAAGCUCCUGUACGGGGAUGAGCAGAAUAUCCCGCAGAAUCGCGAGAAGAAGGAAGUUUUCUCCCUGGCUAAUCAUCACAGGGAAGUUAAGCAUCUUGAGGAUAAGAUUUGGUCGCUAAAUAACGAAGUGGAGCUGAUGACGCGCGAGAGGAAUGGCCUAAAGCAGAAGAAUGCCCUAAUUGAGAAGGAGCUCUCAAACUUCCGGGAGAAAUGCCACGAGCAGAGAAUCCUCAAUGAGAACAUUAAUGCAGAGUUAGAGGAGAAAUUGCGAUUGAUUGCGGACCUGGAGAGCGACAAUGAGGAGUUAAAGAUGUUCAUAAAGGAGAAACAAACAACGAGGCAGGAUCUGAAUUCAACAGACUCCCUGGAUUACUCCUUCAACAGCUCCAACACUAAACACGAUGAGAGCCCGGAGAGUCUUGCAAAAACCGUCGUAGAUGUGCAGCUGAGGGAGAAAGAGUGUGAGAAUCAGAUGCUUCGCAGUAGUCUGGCUGCAAAGCAGGAGGAGCAAUUGAAGCUAUCGCAGGAGAUUGUGGCUUUUAUGCGGAAGCAUGCCGCGGCAAUGGAAGCGGAAGUGCCGAAAAUCAUUGCAAAUGACGACAAUCUUCAGUACGUGGCAUUCACCUUUAUGACGGCCACGGAGAAGUUGGUUGAGAAGGAGACAGAGAUGCAGAGGACACUGCGGAAGGCUGAGCAGGAGCAGGAAUCCCUCGUGGAUACAAUUGCACGUCUCAAUGAUCAGUGUGCUCGAAUGAAGGGAGAAAUGGCUGAAUUGGUUGAGCAGGAGAAGGGAGCCAGGGAGGAUUUGUCCAAAGCCCAUGAAAGCCUGGAGAGGAAGUCCCAGAAGAUCAACAAUCUCUCCAGGGAAUUCCAAGAGUUGCGUGCUGAGUAUGAGAAUGCAAAGAAGGAAUUAUCGUGCGAGAAAACAGUUAAUCAACGCUACGAAGAGAUCAUUGAGGAGAAUGAGGCAACAGAGAAGGAGUUGGCGCGUGAAGUUGGGCAUCUUAAGAGUAAAAUUGUGGCCACAGAGAAAGACCUUGAUGAGACAAAGCGCAAAAUUGGGGUGCUUCAGAAGAAACUCUCCGAAUCCGAGGAGGAGAUGAAGGAGAAGGAGAAUUCCUUGGAGAAAUCUCAAGCAAGCAUUCAAAUGCUCUCAAGUCAGAAUUCCAUUCUAACGACUAAAGUCUCUGACUUGAAUUCAGCAAUAGCCAUCCUGCAGCAAACGAAGGAGAGUCAAAAUGAUGAAAUUUCCCAACUUAGGGGUGAAAUUGAGCAACAAACGAAGGAAAAUGAGCAAUUAACAUUCGAAAAGGAGGAAUUGAAAGCAGAAGUUGAGGCAAAGGUUCAAGAUAUGAAGGAUCUCAGUGAAAUCAAUGAGAAUUCCUCUGCAAAAAUCAUCUCACUCGAGCAAUCCAUUGAGGAAUUGAGAAAAGAAGUUGAGAGUGUUGCUGUGGCCAAGGAAAACCUCAAUAAGGACCUUGAGAAACUCCAGCAGGACAAUGAAAAACUCUCCGCGGAGAAAAUCAGAAUGAGCAAUAAGGUCAAAGAUGCUGAGAAUCAAAUUGAAGAUCUCAAGAAUGAAAUAACGAAUUUUGAAGAACAAGAAAUUGCCUUUUCAAAGCAAAUUGAUUCCCUGAAGAUGGAAAUUGAGCUCUCAAAGUCAAAUUCGAGGAAGAAUCAGGCAAAGAAGGAGGAAUUGUUGAAGCAAAUUGAUGAGCAAAAGAUCCAAUUGAUUCAUCUGCAGAAGGAAAUUGAUUGCAAUAAGUUGGACAUUGAAACUCUACGGGAGAUGCUGAAAGAAAAGGACGCCCUUCUGGAUGAGACAAAGGGAUCACAGGCUGCGACUCUUGAGGAAAUUGUGAAGAAGAAAAGUGAUUUGGAAGAGGCGCUUAAACAUCAGCAAAAUCAGAUUUGGGAAGCACGAGAAGAGAUCGCGAAAUCGGCACAACAGGGGGAGGAUUCAAUGCGAAAACUUCAUGAACUUGUACUAGAGAGGGUGGCUCAAGAAAAGGCCUAUGAGGUAUUGCAGGGUGAGCAUCAGAAAAACCUUGAGGAGCUUCAGAAGCUCACAGAAGACUACAAGAAAGCCGAAGAGGAAGCAGAAAAGUUUGCAAAAAUCUCGGAGAAAGUUGAAAGUUUGACCACAACAGCGUCCAAGGAUAUUUUUGAGCAACUUCAAGACAUUCAAGAGCAGUUUGUCGCCAAGGACAACUCUAUACACGAUCUUGUCAAUAAGAUUGAUCGCAUGGAUCAAGAAGCUUCAACAUUUGCAGCGAAAAUUUCCAUCAACGAGGAAAAAAUCUCAGAACUUUACAAAGAAAUUCAAAAGAAUGCUCAAGAGAAGAAAGAACUGCUCAAGAAUCACACAGAGGAACUAACUUCCCUUCAGAGAGCUCUAUCGGAGACCUACAAGAAGAAUGAGGAUCUCUCGCAGUCCCUUCAAGACACUGAAGCAUCCAGGAAGAAGGUAGAAGAAUUGCUAGAAGCAGAGAAAGCUGCAAAAAUGGACUUUGAGGCCAAACUCUACAAGGAAGUUAAUGAACUUGAAGCUCUUGCUGAGAAGCUUUCCCUGGCUGAAGUGUCUGAGAGUCAACUAAAGGAGGAACUUCAAUCAACGCGAGAGGAUUUGGCAGAGAGGAAGAAGCAUUGCGCGAAACUCGUCAGUGAGAUUGGUGAAUUGAGAGAGGAAAAGGAGAAGGAAGUUAAUCUUCUGAAUGAACAACUUUCUCAGCAAAAAUCCGAAAUUGCUGCUCUUCAAGGAGAAAAGGAAUUUCUUUAUAAGCUCAAGAUUAAGGCAGAAGAACAAGAAGCCAAGGUUGAAGAAUUGGAAGCUUCUGAAAGGGAAUUGAAGGUGAAAAUGACGAAAUUGAGUCAGGAAGCUUCUGAGAAGGAAAUUCUUGUGGAGGAGCUCAAACAAACACUGCAGGAGAAAGAGAAGGACUUGAAGGCCAUUGAAGAGGAUCUAAAGAAGGUAAUUGCCGAAGGAAAGUCUCUGAAUGAAGAACUAAAGGAGAAGACAAAGAAGCUGGAGCAGGAAGCUUCUGAAAAGGAAAUUCUUGUGCAGGAGCUUAAGCAAUCACUGCUAGAGAAGGAGAAGGAUUUAAAGAGAAUCGAGGAAGAGUUCAAGAAUGAGAUUUCCAAUGGAAAGUCUCUGAAUGAAGAAUUGAAGGAGAAAACAGUCCAGCUAAAUCAAGAAGUUUCUGAGAAGGAAAUUCUUGUGGAGGAGCUCAAAAAAUCUCUGGAGGAGAAAGAAAAUCUUUUGAAAACAAUCAAGGAAGAGUUCAAGAAUGAGAUUUCCAAUGGAAAGGAUUUAAAUGAAGAAUUAAAGGAGAAGACAGUCAAGCUUAAUCAAGAACUUUCUGAAAAGGAAAUUCUUACUCAAGAACUCCAACAAUCUUUGCUGGAGAAGGAAAAUCUUUUAAAGACAAUCGAGAAAGAGCUCAAGAAUGAGAUUUCCAAUGAAAAAUCUCUUUCAGAAGCACUGAAAAAGGAGAAUGAGACUCUAGAGAAGAAGAUCUCAGACAUGAAUGACCUCCAAGAAAACCUUUCACGACUUCAAGGAGAACUAACUGCAAAAGAAGCUUCCAAUUCAACGUUAACGGAAGAAAUCUCAAAGCUCAAUGAUCUUCUCUCCGCAAAGAUGGAAGAAGUUGAAAAGCUCACGGGAGAGUUCGAGAAAUCCGGGGAAGAGAAUAAAACAAAAGAUGAGGAAUACUCACGAGAAAUCUCCAAACUCUCGGAGGAAAUUGAGAAUCUCAGAGGGAGUCUCGAAGAGCGAACGGCUGAAAUUGCCCGAAUGGAAGAAGACCGGAAGGUUGUGAAUGAGCAUGUGAAGGAACUGGUGGAGACGCAAAAGGUUUUCGAGACAAAGUGCGCCCAGUACGAGGAUCGCGUUCAAUUGCUCAGUGAGAGUAAAACUAAAGCAAUUGACGUUCUGCAGAAGGAGAUCACUGGACUGGAGAGGCGCAAUAUUGAGCUCAGUGAGAAAAUGAAGAGUCUCGAGGGGAGUUUGGUGGAUAAAAUGACCGAAUGUUCCGUCAUGCAAGAGGAGAAUGCCAAGCUGAGGGAAGAGAUUCAAUCCAUUGAAUUCCAGAAUGAUGAGAUUACGCAGAAACUUCUUGAUCACGAUGGGGAAGUUCAUGAUUUGCAGAAUGAAAUAAAGAAACUCCUCACGGCGAAGCAUGAGGUUGAGAAAUCCCUCAGCAAGGUGUCAGAGAAGAAAGCCAUCCUGGAUGAGACUCUGGCGCAAAAGGAUGCAGAGAUUUUAAACAUGAAGAUCGAAAUGGGGAAGAAAUCAACGGAAUUUACCGCAGAUUCAGACAAAAUUGCCACUUUGCUGAAAGAAAUUGAAAAGUACAAAAGUGUGGAGCUUGAUGUGAGGAAACUCGAGAAUCUAGAGCGCAAAGAGAAGGAAUUGAAUGAGAAGCUGGUGAAUGACAUUGCAAUUCUCCAGGCAAAACUCUUCAAGGAGCGCAAUGCCCUCGAAAUGAGGGAGUCCGAGUGGGCAGCUGAAAGGGAGGAGCUGAGGAAGAAAAUUGCCGAGAGUGUCAAUGCGGAUGAGAGGGUGAAUGAGACACGUCGCGAAAUGGAGGGAAAACUCGAAAAGAUGAAGGAAAAAAUGAAAAUGCUUUGCAAUGCGGAAAUUGAGAAGGUACGAUUGAAGAUUGAGAAGGAAUUUGGGCAGAAACUUGAGAUGGCCGAAGGUGUCAAUAGGAAGCUCUCAAAGGAGAUUGCUGUGCUAAAUAGCAACAAGUUGGAUUUGUUGAGGGAAAAUACGAAUUUGAGGAGAAUGAUGGGAAGUACUCAAACGCUGAAUAAGCCUCAAAUUCCACAAAUGAGCCUCGAUAUGGAAGAUGAGGAGGGAGAACAAUUCAACAAUACCUACCUGAAGGACAUGAAAUAUGGGUCAGAUCAACCAUUCUUUGGCAGAGAAUCCGUAACGAAGGAAGAACUGGAAUAUAGGAAUUCCAUGGUACCACCACACCUGAAGAGCCAGUAUGCUGCACAAUAUGGCAAUUUGGAGGAUGAUGCCACGUCAAUUGGUGAUGGGAAUGUGCACGAGGACAGCAUGAGUAGUUUGCUGUACGGUGGGCAACGGAAGAAAGUGAGUGGGACAACGCUGUACAAGAGACCCGGACCACCGACACCGAGUAAAAAUGGAGGACGUUUGUCCUUUGGGGGCACAAGCGACGUACAUCCACGACAAAUUCUCAAGGAUUUCAAUGAGUCAAAGCAGACGCCCAGCAGCAGCACCCUUCGUACGUUCUUCGGGAGGAAAUCUUUGGCGAGAGAUGAGGUAAACCCCGUUGUAGAUGGUAGUCGUAGUAGCUUAGUUAGUGAUGGUCUUGAUGAUGAUGAUGCAUGCUUAAAGCCAGAGAAAGAUUACGACGUGGUAAUUGGAAGUUUUGGAGAGAUUGUUGAUGAAGAGCGGAAUGCCAUGAGUUCAGUGUCGGAGACAAGUUCACUUCCUGACACACCGAGAAGGGGGAAGAGAUCAUCAUCGUCAAGGAGGCCAAGGGCGUCACUCAAUGUGACAAAUGUGAAGAAGAGACGCUUCGUGGGGAGGAAUACAAAGCUAAAUGGGAGUAUGGUGAAGAAGUCAAAGAAGCGUCGAAGUGCAAAAUUUGAUGAAUUUCGUCAUAUAAACUUUGACGAUGCACCCGAUGCGCUGCUGGAGGUGCCGCAGUGCAAGAGUGCUGAGAGGAAAUUUGAGAGAAUUGCCCUUGAGAAAAUCUCACAAACCCCAUUUGUGGGGAUACCGAGUAAUCCACAAGCCAACAGACGACGUUUCUCAACACCAAUUCACGUUCUCUGCCCACCACCACCAACAGCUGCAGCAUCUUCAGCACACUCAAGUUCCAAAUGUUCCGGGGGCUUAUCGAUAAGUGAACGCAUUCCCAGGUCGGAAGUGAUUACACUGCCAAGGCGUCAAUUGAUACCACAACUAAAGAAGGACGAGUCCCCCAAUGCAAGGCUCUUCGCAUUUUCUGCUAUUGCCCUUGCAAUUUCAUUCAUCAUCUUUAUCGUGUUUCAGUCAUUUUGGCUAUAAAACAAUUUACUUUUUUUCUUCAUUAAGGGUGGAAUAAUUAAUCAAGAAGAUUCUCCUUGUUCUCUACAUAUACAAAUUAUUAUUGUUGAUGGAAUAUUAUUAAAAUUUGGAAAAACAA